AUGCCUGCAUCAGCAAAGCGCUCCCAGCGCACCCGUCGCGACACCCGCCGGGACACUUCUCCUGCCGCAAGAGUCGAUGAUAGCUCACCUAGUCGCCCUGCCAAGCGUCGCAAGAAGGUUGAAGAACCGCCGCCAGUCUCGCCCGCCGACGAAGACGAGUCCAGUCUCACCGCCGAUCAGUCCGGUCAGCCCUCCAGCGACGAUGAUCAGCUACUCUCCCAGGUCGUCCAGCAUUUGACUUAUCCUAAAGAGGGGCCUGUGCAAGCCAGCAAAGAUCAUGCAAACUCUAUGCAUGAAGCCAACAAGAACGGCGUUCAGGCGUAUGCUAAGAUCGCCGCACAGGAUUGGACCUUUUACAUCACGAAACUUAACGUCAAUAUUGGUCGCUCUGCUGAAGGUGUCGACGAGGAUGACGAGGACUUUAUCCACAUCGAUCUUGGCCCGAGUAAAAUGGUCUCCAGACAACACGCUCGCAUUUACUUCAGUUCUAAGGAAGAGGUCUGGUUCCUCGAAGUCAAGGGAAGGAACGGUGUCCGAGUGGAUGGCGUGUCCUUGAAAGCAGGUCAUUCGAACCCUCUUCAGAGCGGUCAAGUACUCGACAUCGGUAACACGGAGAUGAUGUUCGUCCUGCCGACAGAGGUCACCCCUCUCCACAUCCACAAUCUCUACCUGAAGAGGGCUGGUUUGUCACGACAAGAUAUCACAAGUCCCCCUCAACCCAGAACAGAUUUGCCAGAGGAGCCGUCCUCAGCUCUGGGAUCAACAAUCAGGAGUUCGCGAGGCCAGCACUUCCGCCAGCCCAUAGCUCCGGCACCAGCAGAUUACAAGCGACCUGGGACCCCUCCCUCUGUGCGUGGGAAGCCCACACCAUCGCAACACAAGUCGCCACAUUAUUCGAGCUCGGGCACUCUGUUGGUGAACUCGAAUGACAUUGAUCUUAGUCACGACGAUAAUAAGCACAUCAAGCCACAAUACAGUUACGCGCAAAUGAUCACUCAGGCCAUUAUCAAUACACCCGAAGGGAAGCUCAAUUUGAAUGGUAUCUACAACUUUAUCAUGAACAACUACGCCUAUUACAGGCACCAGCAAGCCGCAGGAUGGCAGAACUCCAUUCGUCAUAAUCUCUCGCUGAACAAAUCAUUCGACAAGGUGGCCAGAUCCACUGAUGAGCCUGGCAAAGGCAUGAAGUGGCAGAUUGUCGCAGAGGCACGUGAAGAAAUGACCAGGAGUGCAUACAAGGGCGGUCGGGGUGGCCACCGAGGCUCCUCAGCGCCUUCUUCGCCCAGCCAGUUGAACUACAUCACACACGGUCCGAAAGACGUGAAUGCAAGAGGGGAGCCUGCCUCAACGCGGAAACGAAAAGUGUCGGCUACGGGCUCGCCGCCUCCCAGCUCUUCCCUUGCUGCGGUACAAUCCACCCCAGACCGAAGCACACGUCGUCUUGCACCUCCCAGCACGGCAUUGACUGCGGAUGGAAGUCCUCUACCAAGGCCCCGCAAGGGCGGCACGUCGGCCUCGGCGAGCUUCACCUCGACAAGCUACAAUGAUCAAUCUCCGACACUGACUUCAUCGUAUCUUCCUGACGAUGGAGCAUCCUUCGUAACACCCGCACCCCACCGAGUUCACCCACGACUAGCACCGCCUAGCACUGCCCAGAGGCCUAGCCAGCACAUGCCUACCAGCUCCCCGGCGCCCUUUUGGAAGUAUGCCGAGAUUGGUAGCACUCCGCUGAAGCCUGGCGCCCACUUCGACAUGAGCCCGUCCAAACCGUCUCUAGGUGGGGUUCCUCAGAGCAGUAGUCCCCCUCCGGCCAAGUCACCCAACCAGAGCCCGACAAGAUCUCAGAAUAAGGAAUCAUCCCGGGAGGCGCCAAGCGAGCCUUCGAAUCCUCCCGAAAUCGAAGAGGAGCAGGGUUUUGACUUAGCAAAGGGUUUCCAAAGCAUUGGUUCGUACCAUGCGCCUACAUGA